UGAGAAAGGGAAGAAGACGAUGCAGAGCUUAACAUCAAACGAAGUAGCGGGUUUCGCAGUUGGGGCUCUGCUUCUCGGUGCCACCAUCGCUGCUCCAAAAGUUGACGCUUUCAUUGCCGCUGCUCAGAGAAGAUCUCUUGGGAUGUGCAGGAAAUGUGGAGAUCUAAAGAGUAUAGCAUGUGGCCGCUGCAAAGGGACGGGAUCGAUCAAAUCAGGAGAGGGGAUCUUUGGAUUCGGUGACUCGUCAAACGCAAGAUCAGUCACCUGUGAUAAUUGCCAAGCCAAAGGUUGUUUCCCUUGUCCCGAGUGCUCAAAAUCUUGAGCCUGUUUCGGUAUUUUAUAGAUGAUGCCUCAAGACUAAAAACUAUUUGUUUCAUCUUCCUGACCUUAUGAUAUACGUAAUCAGUCCAAUUUGUAAUGUUACAGUUGAAGCAUGUCUAGUCUAAUUUGUUUGAUAAGA